AUGACUCGCAUCCACGAGCUUCAGAAUACUCGAGGCCAAGAACUAUCGGCCAAUCUUGCGGAAUCUACCAAUCGUGCAGACGCACUUGCUCGCAAGCUGGAGCAAAGUGAAAAAGCUCGCAAGGAGGCUGAAGCAGAUGCCAAGAAGGCUAAGGCAGAAGCCGCCACCGUCGAAGAUCUUCGAAAGAGACUUCAUAAGGCGGAGAACUCUCUAAGCGAGCACAUAUCUCAACAAUCUGCUCGCGAGGAGGCGGUUAUCAAGCGCCUAGCGUCGCAAAGUCGUCGUUUCGUCAGGAAGACGGGUCAGGAGUAUGAACUUAGUGAUCCCGAGAAUGAUCCCCUUUUUGACGCGCUUUCUCUUAUGGAGAUACAUGGAGAUGAAGCACGCGACGGCCUUGCCGAAGCUGAAGCGGGGUUGUCACGACUUUACCCCUACUUUUUCCCGAAGAAGGAGCAACCCGCGCCAUUCGUUGCCCUCGCCAAGUCCUUCAACACUUCCAAAAACCUUGGGCUCAACCUUCGCCAAGAUAGUUUGAAGGUUGGCGUGGAAAGUACUAUCGCUCUGGUUGCCGAAAGUCAACAAACUGUCGACUGGACUAGAGUUGGCGACACGCAAGAGAUGGAGACCAAAAGGUGGCAGUCGCUGAUUAGAGCUGCAAAACCAAACUCGAAGAAGAUCCUUGCAUAUCUUGGGUGCAAGCCAACUUCGGCUCCAAGCUCAUCAAAACCGGAGGUCUAGUAGACCACCUUGUCUUUCCUCCCCCUUUUUUUAUUUUUCUUUCUUUCUUUUGAUGUU